AUGUCGGAUCCAUCAGAUGUAUUCAGUGCUGCCUGUAGAAAGGUCUUUGACUGCUGGACUGCCCUGAACCUCGCAGUUGAAAAUAAUUGGGGAGGAGGCGACGGCCGGUUUAAAAAGGAGCUACUUCUUAAUGACGUCAUUGAUUUAUGCCUUCACUCCAAGACAUUAUACGCUGAUGGCGUGGAAGACUUGAUAGUUACCAAGAUCGACGAGUAUUUUAACGUAACAUUGGAAGAUGAUAGUGAGUAUGAAAUUGCAAGAAUAUUGGUUAAGCUACAUUAUACAUGCUCAAAAAGCGAUUAUUCUUAUGCUAACCAACUCAUGAAAAAAUUGAAAAAAUGCUCCUUACCAUGCAUUCCUGGAUACGAUUCCAGCUCCGAUGAUGACAGCCCUGUUGAGGAAGACGCUGAGAAAUUAAAAGAAAGAUCUAAGAGGUCCGAACAAGUAACAGACGAAGAUGGAUGGACGACAGUUUUAUAA